AUGUCGUCGGGGAACCGGAAUCACUACGGGGAGUUCAACCAGAAGAUUGAUUAUGUGCUCAAGGUGGUUCUGAUCGGCGAUUCAGCUGUGGGCAAGUCGCAGCUGCUCGCUCGCUUCGCCCGCAACGAGUUUAGCAUUGACUCCAAGGCCACCAUCGGCGUCGAGUUCCAGACGCGCACCCUUGCCAUCGACGAGAAGACGAUCAAGGCCCAGAUCUGGGAUACCGCCGGCCAAGAAAGGUACCGAGCAGUGACGAGUGCAUAUUAUAGAGGAGCAGUAGGGGCAAUGCUGAUCUACGAUAUAACCAAGCGUCAAUCCUUUGACCAUGUGGCAAGAUGGCUAGAGGAACUGCGAAGCCAUGCUGAUAGGAACAUCGUGAUUAUGCUCAUCGGAAACAAGUCUGACCUUGGAAGUCUUCGAGCAGUGCCCACUGAGGAUGCCAAGGAGUUUGCCCAACGGGAAAAUCUCUUUUUUAUGGAGACCUCCGCGCUGGAAGCUACUAAUGUCGAGAGUGCCUUCCAAACUGUUCUCACAGAGAUCUACCGGAUCGUGAGCAAGAAGUCACUCGCUGCUAACGAGAAGAGUGGAUCUGCUGGCAACGCAAAUCAGCUAAAAGGAACUCAGAUAGUAGUCCCUGGUCAGGAGCCUCCAAGUGAGGGCAAUGCCAAAUGUUGUUCCUCCUAAUAUACUUUUGGGUUCUCACUUGAUCAUGGAUUAAACUCUUUUUUCUUUUUCUUUGUUGGUCUUGCCUUGACAAUCAAAUUUUGGAUAGAUAUUUAGUACAUUCACUGUUUUUUAUUAUUGAUCUUAUUCUGGUUCA